AUGCUUCAGAAUCCCCGUCUUUCCAGCCAUUCCAUGACUAGUCAAAAGUCAUCAUCCCCGGGCUCAGACAUUUAUUCGUCGCACCCCUGCGUUUGCUUUCCUCCAUACAACUCCACGGCCGAGCUUGAACCUAUCACUGAAGACUACGUGCAAAGUGACGAAGCUGAUAUGGGUAUGACAUACGACGAGCUCUCUCGCUUUGGUCGACUCCGAAAGGAGAGCAAACUCGGGCCAUAUGGAAUGUUCCUUCGACUUCUUGACGAAUGGGGUGGUGAGGGCAAGAUGAGCCCGCGAGACGUUGCCACUAAAGUGAAGAGAUUCCAUGGAUUCCACUACAUCAACCGUCACAAACAAGCUGUGGCGACACCAGCAGUUCAUGUCGAGAACUACUCUCCAGAUGAUCACAGAUUUGAUCUUCGACCACUGGUGUAUCCCUCGCCGUGGCAAAGCUGGUCCUUCCAGAAGAUUGAUAAGCGGGUUGAGGCUCUGGAAAAGGCUCUGGAGAAGAAGAAGGCCGCAAGUGCCUCCAAAUAG